GCGCGCCUGCUCAGUGCGCCGGGGGCCCUGUCUAAGCCGCUCCCUCUGAGCCGCCGUACUGUUUCCCGGUGGGGUUGGUGGGGUUGGUGGGGUUGGUGAGGCAUGGAGCGGGUGGGCGGCGGCGGCGGCGAUUGCUGCGGCUCCUCCUCCGCAGACCCGCGAAGUACCUUCGUGCUGAGUAACCUAGCGGAGGUGGUGGAGCGUGUCUUCACCUUCCUGCCUGCUAAGGCGUUGCUGCGGGUGGCCGGCGUGUGUCGCUUAUGGAGGGAGUGUGUGCGCAGAGUGUUGCGGACUCAUCGGAAUGUGACCUGGAUCUCCGCGCUCUCGGCGGAUCCCUGCCAUCUGGCGCAGCAUUGCCUGGUCCGCGUGGUAGCCGAAGAGCUUGAGAAUGUCCAUAUAUUACCACAGACAGUUCUUUACAUGGCUGAUUCGGAAAAUUUCAUUAAUCUGGAGGAGUGUCGUGGCCAUAAGAGAGCCAGGAAAAGAACUACUAUGGAAGCAGCGUUUGCCCUUGAGAAGCUCUUCCCAAAACAAUGCCAAGUCCUUGGGAUUGUGACCCCAGGAAUUGUAGUGACACCAAUAGGAUCACGUAGCAAUCGACCUCAGGAAAUAGAAAUUGGAGAAUCUGGUUUUGCUCUAUUAUUUCCUCAAAUUGAUGGAAUAAAAAUAAAGCCCUUUCAUUUUAUUAAGGAUCCAAAGAAAUUAACACUAGAAAGGCAUCAACUCACUGAAGUAGGUCUUGUCGAUAACCCUGAGCUUCGUGUGGUCCUUGUAUUUGGCUAUAACUGCUGUAAGGUGGGAGCCAGUGAUUAUCUGCAGCGAGUCGUCAGCACGUUCAGUGAUAUGAAUGUCAUCUUGGCUGGAGGCCAGGUGGACAACCUGGCAUCACUGACUUCUGAAAAGAGCCCCCUGGACAUUGAUGCCACUGGUGUGGUCGGACUGUCAUUUAGUGGACAGCAAGUCCAGGGUGCCACAGUGCUUCUCAACGAGGAUGUCAACGACGAGAAGGCUGCUGACGCUGCCAUGCAGCGCCUCAAGGCAGCGAACAUUCCGGAGCAGAACACCAUCGGUUUCAUGUUUGCAUGCGUCGGCAGGGGCUCUCAGUAUUACAGAGCCAAGAAGAAUGUGGAGGCUGAUGCAUUUAGAAAGUUUUUUCCUAGUGUUCCUUUAUUUGGCUUCUUUGGAAAUGGAGAAAUUGGAUGUGAUCGCAUAGUCACUGGGAACUUUAUAUUGAAGAAAUGUAAUGAGUUUAACUACAAUGAUCUAUUUCACAGCUAUACAACAAUAAUGGCACUGAUUCAUCUUGGGUCAUCUAAGUAAAGCCACCUGUAAAGUGGCUUUCACAAUAUAUAACUUGUAGGCUCUGCCUUUUCUGGAAAAUGGAAACUUGGGAGGUGUAUAUUUCAGACAGAAGAAACUUUAUAUGUAUCUGUUUUGUAGCUUUGACACUCUAAAGAUUUUUUUGGUAGUUUUUAAUGUAUUAGAGGAAGGAUAACUUUGUAUAUAACAUAACGGGGACCCAGAGUUGAGAACUUUUGCAUCAGGCACAAGCGAACCGAUUAUGACUAUUGCACCAGGCUGUGUGACUGCUGUAUGACAGGACUUGACAUAGUCUUCUGCAUGGAAAGACUGAGAAAGGACCCAUCACUGGAAGGAGAGCUGAGACAUUCCAUGACUACCUCUGCAGUGUGAGAUGAUCUUUCAGCAGAAUCAUGAAGAUUUUUUUCUUCCUUAAUAAAAGAGAAAACUAUACAGACGGCUUGAUCAAUUUUUCUCUGCUUUACAGUUUCACCAUGCUUUUCAGAAGCUGUAACAAAAUUAUCACUGACUUUUUACUUGAUAAGUAUUAAAGAACUGUUUCAUUUUAGUACUCUAUAAAGUUGCUUAGUCAAAUGAACUGCCAAGACUAAUCCAUAUUCUAUUAUAAGGGAAAACAUUUUCCUUUUCCCUCAAUAAAGACAUUGCAACAUGGACAAAGGAUCGAGGCUAGAGUCACACUUGGGUAUCAGCUGCUGCCUUUGUGUGCUAGAGUCCUUGAAGAGUAACUGCUGACCUUAGUCACUCACUGUAGCCCUCAGGGCAUAGUCACCAGCAAAUAAACAUCAGUGUUGAGAUUGAAAAAAAAAAACCGCAUCGGAAGAUUCUUUUUUCAUCUACUUCUAUAUAGCUAGUUGGCAGAUCAGGCAAUUACAUCACCUUUCUUUGAUUUUAUACCAAUAUAACAUACCUUGGAAACUCAGAUAGUUGUGGUUGUGUUAUGUUGCCCAGCUGUGUUCAACUCUUUGCAACCCCAUGGACUGCAGCAUGGUGGAUUUCCCUGUCUUCCACCAUCUCCUUCAGCACUUUUAGUGAGUGAGUAAAGGAAACUAAGGGGAAAACCCAGAAUGAUGGUGUCUGUCAGCUAGCAAAUCCUGGCACAUUUCCAGUAACAGGACUGUCAAGUUUAAAUUUCUAAUUAUUUGUAAAUAUAUCAAAAUAGGUGCAGAGAAUACCAGUUUUCUCCUGAUACCAUUCUUUCCUGUUCACACAGAUAACACCUUUGGUUUUUAGCUAGGCACAUGCACACCAGAAUAAAGACUACAUUUCCUAGGCUCCCUUGCAAGUAUGACUGUUCAGGGCAGUGGAAUGUGAGGGAAAUGGUAAUAUUUCCUUUAACAGUAUGACCGUUUUUGUUUUGCUUUCCUUUAUUCGGUGCUGUUGCUUAGAAGUGGGUGUGAGAGUGAGCCAUCUUAGACUCCACAGCAGAGUCAACGCUGUUUUGUGGAGGAGAACCACACAGAACAGUAUCCACACAGUGUUUUGUUGAAGUGCAUAACUGAUCUGGACUGCCUCUCUUUAGGCUGUUUUACAAGACAGAAAUUAAAAUCAGUCUUGCCUAA